UGGAAAAGGAGAGGCGCAUGACGAAAGUCAACUUGACUCAAGUGACAAAAUUUCGCAUUAUAAAAUCCAAAUCGCUUCGUUAAAAUCCCUUUUAACCCCUCGCUGCGUUUCUUCAAAUCGCUUCUUCUCUACGCGGAUUUAUCUUCGUUUCACCAUGACUCGUGGAAGUCAGAGAGAGCGUGACCGUGAAAGAGCCGCGGCUCGUGCUGGAGGAAAAGGAAAGAAUGCUGACGACGGACUUACGCCGGAGCAACGCCGUGAAAGAGAUGGAAAGGCGUUGCAAGAGAAGGCGGCAAAGAAGGCUGCUCAAGCUGCAGCUGCGAGUUCUGGCGGAGGAGCAGGAGGCAAAGGAGCUGCUAAGAAGUGAUGAUUCCUUGGUUUGUCGUCUGGGGAAAAUUGUAGACUUUUACAGUUUUUUAUUCUCUCAAAAACGUUUGAAAUUGGGUUAACUUAGACUUAGACUAGAGCUUUGCUCUUGUCUGCAUAAUCCCAUUUUACUUGUCUCUGUGUUGAAGUUGCAAGUUUGAUACUUGGUGAAAUCUUAUUUGGUUCUGUUAUGAAGUAAUCUUGCAAAUUGCAAUUUAACUGCCCCUUUUGGUAGACAUUGUAGUUCUUGUUAUUCUGGAGUGUUUGAAAUUGGGUUAACGUAGACUUGGAGGGUUAUGAAGGCUUUGCUCUUGUCGGAGUCCCCAAUAUACAGUCUCUGUGUUGAAGUUGCAAAUUUGAUGCUUAUGAUGAAAUCUUAUUUGUUUUUUCUCUGA